UGAAUAGUAAACCAGCACACAAGCAGACACAGGUACUGAUUACUGUGGCCUAGUCUUCUACAUACUCAGAACAGGAACAGGAAGAACAGAACAUGUGACCAGCUGCUGUUUGUAUAACUAAAUGUGCCUGCUGGUAGGAGUACUGCAGUUGGAGGAGGCUGGUGCAAGAUAUUGCUGCUUGUGUGAAUCAUGGCUGAGGGAUCCACAAGAGAGCCAGCUAAAUGGACCACUACUGUGAUAGUGAGCGCUGCUCUUCAGGGUAAUGAAGUGGCUGCUUCCUUGCAGAGAGAACAUCACAAAGUGCGCUUUUCACAAUCUGUGGAAAGUGGAUCCAUCAUUUUUCCACUCUCUGGCAUUGCUUUCUUACUGGCAAAUGCUCAGGAGCUUUUCACAUCAUCACAAGAAACAUUUUUUCCCUGGAUAGGGAAUUUCAUAUCUGUCCACCGAAAUUGCUUUUUAGUGUUAACUUCUGCACUCCAUGGAUCCAGUGAGUGGAAUUUAAUGUUCACUAUUCAGCAGAGGUUCCUUGGAAGUAAUCUACGAAUAAUUCCUGCUCAUAAUAAUGCUGAAAUUGUAAAGAUCAUGUUAAUUAUAGCUAAGGCCACCAGCAAACCUCAUCUAGAGACAAUAACCGACAGACUACUAAAGGCACAAUCACAGAUUAUUGAACUCAGCCCAGUUUGGCAAAUACUUGACAGCAUUUGAUUCUGUUUUGUGAGUGUUAGUUGUACAAAGGCUUUAAUUCUGUGUUUAAAAUCAAAAUACCACUGUUGAACAUUAUAAUUUUACAGUUAACUAAACUUUCUGUCCAACAAGUGACAAAAGUCCAUUUAGAUUACAAUGCAUUAUUUUAAAGCAACUUAUGCAAAAUACACACACAGUCCACCACAACACAGCCAUGUACUUUCCCCAAAUUUAAUUGUAAUGUCAGGUGCUGGUAAAGUAGCAUACAUCGCAACUUUCAUGUGACUUUAAAGUGGAGAAAAUGCAAAUUUGCAUUCACGUUGGUGAACUGAUAGAAUGCCAUUAAAAGGAAGUCUAAUUUAAAUAUGGUAUAAUACCGGGACAAGUUUGUUACUGUCUGCUUUAGAUCCUACCCCAGGGGUGGCUAAUAAGACGAUCCCCCGUGGAUUCCUGGUGGGCCGCAAUCAAGCCGGAUAUGUGGAAGUGCUGCGUGAAUGCAUACGUACCCAUUCAUGCCGCACUUCCACAUUCCCAGUCACUGGCCGAUCGCGACCGAAAAAAAUCUAUUUUACAGACACUUUACAUUUCAGCUGAAUAAAAAAAAUAUUUGGUUCUCUU